AUGUCAGAAGAAGAGGAACAAGAGUCCCAAGAAGUGUGUGAUGAGCCUUCAGUGUCCAUUGCCUACAAGCUGGAGGUGGCCUUCCAUGGAUCCAAGCCAGUGCCAAUUCCCAGUUCAUUUGUGGUAGAAGAUGAUGAAGGAAAGAAAUAUCUCAAAAUCCAAGGAAGUGCUCCUUGGCUGUCCAGGCUGCUGUGCAAAUGCUCCAAUCGAGAGACCUCAUUGGACAAUGGGCCCAAGCUGUCUGACCUCAAGAAGAAGAGGAAUGAACAACUUCAGCCAAAAAGUUCUGAUGGCAACAAUGUGGCUGAAAAGAAGAUGAAGGCCCCACAGGUGGUUUGCAUUGAUGUGUGCAACACUCAAGUGCAGAUAUUGUGCCACAAAAGCGAGCACUCCAGGCAGCUAGAUGAGAUGCUGACCUCAAUGUGGAAGCAAGCAGAGGAGCUCAAGAAUCCUGACUUGGCAUAUCGAUGUUGGGGUACUGCAGCUGUCAGGCUGGUCCUUCACUGUCUCAACAAAGAGAAAGCUGCUAAGGCAGAGGCCUAUGAAUCCUUUGAGAAAAUAGUUCAGCUUUUCUCUGAGGAGCUGACCAGAUCUCCUUUAACAAGGCCUAUUGACUCAAGUGCAUCUACAGGUGGACCAGAUGCAGGUGUGAGGGACUUGCUGAAUGCUUCUAGCCAGGAAGUGGCCUUGUUGCAGAAUAGCCAUAUCAAGAUUGGAGGGAGGUACUGCAACAGUGAGUACCCAGACCAGCUGCUUGUCCUCAAGAGCCUGGAUGACCACAAGGCCACUUUUGAGCAUCGGCCUUUGUUUGGGGAGGCACUGGUGGUUCAUGAAGACUUAGACUCAUUGAGAAAAUGGAAGGCCACCAAAAAGGAUGUCACUACAAUGUGCCCAAAGGCAGUGUGCAUUGCAAGGCUCCCACACAACCUUGAUAUGGUGCAGAAGGAGAUGGACAAAGCGCAGGCCACUGCCUUGUUGAUGGAGGCAUACAUGACCAACAAGCCUAAUGAUGAUACUUUGCUGGCCUUCACUUGUCACCCAGCCAAUUUGGUUUUGAUGAAGAAUGUGAAGAAGAAGCAGCUCAAGCUAUAUCCUAUGGGCACUUGCUCUUUUAUACCAGCCAAAGAGCAGGAGACAUUCCUGGAGAAGACCAAGAAUGCGGUGGUAUGGUACAAAGAGAAGCCAUACCAAGUGCAAGCUUUCAAAGCCUUUAGUAGUUUCACCAAGCCUGACACUGAGGCAGGCACACUUUGCCCAUACUUCUGGGUGAAAAGCUGUGAUGACCAAGAAGAGGUCAAUUUGCAGAAGAGUUGGACUGUUUACAAGGGACUGAAGAUCCCAAUCUUGGAGAAUGGGGAGAUGAUCGAAGCACAAACAGUGCUGUUGAAGUCUGCUGAGCAGCUUGAACAGCCACCUGCCAAAAAGGGAAAGGCUAAGGUAAACACAGAGGAUACCAAUGCUAACCUUCAGAAAGAUGCUUUGGACUUUUUGAUCCAGUUCACCACCAAGAUGGAAGAGGUUCAACCUUUGCAUGCUGGGCUAGCCAAAUACCCGCCAAGUCCAUAUGACAUUGGGCAGGUCAUGGGCAUGAGCUGCCAAUUUAUGAAGAUGAUGGUUGAACAGGCCAAAGCCUUAGAUGCCAUGAAGAGCCAGUUCCUUGCCAAUGACAAGGGUGGCCUGUCAAAGUCCUCUUCUGGGCUUUCUGUGGGGUCUGCAGACCAAAGUCAAGAACCCACAGCUUUGCUUCAUGGCAAGGUGUUGCCUACUGCUUUAGAACCUUUGCCUCUACUUGCACCUCCUGCUGGUGAAGAGAAUAAGCCUGAUGACCCUGGCCAACCUCAAGGGCUGAACAAGAGCAAUGACAAGAAAAGCCUUGAAGACUAUGAGAUGGAAGCCAAAGAAGCGCUUUCAAAGAGGAAAGCCAAGGAGAUGGACGCAGUGAUGAAGAAGCCAGCCACCAAAGCAUCCUCACAAGGUGUGACACUCAACAAGAAUGUGACCAAGAAGAGAAAGGACUAUGUGGAUGACAAGGGGCAUGUCACACCAGCCUUCCUCAAGGGAAUAUAUGGCUGCAUUCGAUGCAGGGGCAACAUCAAUGGAUGCAGUGUACGCCAAUCUGAACAUUUUGGAGGGCAACGGUUUAGCAGCAGGGAUGAGUACAACAAGUGGUACCAAAAGAAACAGCAAACAAACAACAAAAGGAAGUGA